AUGUUUGUCAGAAACGCACUGGUUGCAACUGGCUUGCUCGCCGCUCUCGCUCAAGCCGUCCCCACUGAGAAGAGAGCUUCUGCACACAAACUCACCGUCUACUGGGGUGCCGAAGACGACACCACCACUCUAGACGAUGUCUGCAACGACUCUUCCUACGAUGUCGUCAACCUGGCUUUCCUCAGCCACUUCUUCUCCAACGGCGGCUACCCCAAGAUGAGCAUCGGCAACCUCGGUGGCCCAUCAGCUGCCCAGAAAAAGGCCGGAGCCACUGGCCUCCAAGACGGCAGCUCCCUCGUCAAGUCCAUCAAGAACUGCCAGAGCAAGGGCAAGCCCGUGAUUCUCAGCAUGGGCGGCGCAACCGACUACUCUGACGUGCAGCUUCACUCCGACGCCCAAGGCCAACAAAUCGCCAACACCAUCUGGAACUUGUUCCUCGGUGGUACCGACCACAAGGAGCUCCGUCCCUUUGGCGACGUCAAGCUCGAUGGCGUCGACUUGGACAACGAAACCAACGACGGAACAGGGUACCUCGCCAUGACGAAGCAGUUCAAAGCCAACUUCCAAAAAGACACCUCCAAGAAGUACUACAUCACCGCUGCCCCUCAGUGCCCCUACCCCGACCAGUCUGAGCCCCUUAACGUGUGCCAGCUCCUCGACUGGGUGCAGGUUCAGUUCUACAACAACGGCGACUGCAACAUUGCGCAGAGCGGUUUCGCCAAGGCCGUCAAGAACUGGUCCAAGGGUAUUGGUAGCGGCGUCCAGUUGUACAUUGGGGCGUUGGCGAGCGGCGCCGACGGUGAUGAGGGCUAUGUUGAUGCUACUACGCUUAACAAGGCGAUUAACCAGGUUAAGGCUAUGAAUCUGCCUAACUUUGGGGGUGCUAUGUUGUGGGAGGCGCAGUUGGCGGUUAAGAAUGGAAAUUAUCAGAAGAAGGUUAAGGCUAAUUUGUAG